AUGGGUCUGCCGCAAGACUUUUCCAUCCCGGUGCCUUCCAUUGAGUCGGACUCACCCCUCUCUAAGCGUCGUCGCUUCAUCCCCAACUCGCUGCCACCGAUCAUCCCUGUUACGGACAACUCGGAUAUUGAGCAACACACCUUUGACUCUCCAUUGCUCUUGCAGCUUUGCGAACAAGCCCCUGAUCAGGAGGAAAUCGAGGCAGGUCUUCUCCAGGUCGGUAUGCGCGUCAGGAAGGCCGUUGCUGAAGGAUACAAGACCCAAAAGAAAUUCACCCCUCGGCCCUUCUUCAACAUGCACCGGCUUUCCCCCGAGACCCAAGCUGCCCUGUCCGCUGGCAACGCCGAUACCACCAACGAGAUCUCCCCUUAUGCGGCGGGACAGGUCCAACCAAUCAGCACGGCCACUUUUUGUGGCAUCAGCCUGGCUUACCUCUCCCACUGCAGCGAGGACUGGUCGGAACCCUCGAUUGCCCAACAGAGUCUCUGGUCUUAUUCCACCAGCCACAAGCGUUCCUACGAGGCCGAUUCCGACAGCGACGAGAGUCAAGACUGGCAACCCCAAACCCCGAGCUUGAUGGGCGAUGCGGGCAUGCACAUGCCGGUUGAUUACUUUGCCAUUGAUGUUGACAACAUGACCGAUGUCAACCACGUGACGGAGAUUGGUGACCGUGCCAGGCAACAUUUCAAUGGUCGCCGUAUGGCUCUGCCAAAGAGUCGCAGCCGAUUCUUCCAGCAACCCGAGACACCAAUGCCGCCUUCCGCGGCUGCCAAUCCAUUCGCCAACAUGAUGGGUCAACUCCCCGAAACCAAAUCCGCCCAUCCUCAUGGUCACAAGAGAAUGGUGAGCUGUGGUAUGGAGGCUGCCAUGGAUUUUGGUGAGGCUUCCUUCCUGCAACGACGAGAGGAUGUUGAAAUGGACUGCUCUUGA